AUGCGAUGCGAAAUAAGUCGUGCGGAGGAGUUGAAGCAGAAGUUGGAUUUGACUGAUCUACCGUCAAUACCACAGAAAGAGCAGGACGCCGGUGUCCUAAUCCUCCUCCAUGACGACGGAACUGACGAGUUGAAAGUUCUUCUAUGUGUAAGAAGUCGUGAAUUGAGAAGGCAUCCAGGAGAGGUCUGUUUCCCGGGCGGUAUGAUGGAUGAUGAGGAUGCGAAUGAUGUGCGGCGGACGGCGAUUCGAGAAGCUUAUGAGGAAGUUGGUGUCAUUGAGUCAGACGAUUAUAUUGUUCUGGGAAAUUUGCCCGCCUUUCGAGCAAGAUUUGGUAUACUUAUUCAUCCGACGGUCGCCUUGUUGAGAAAACCCCCAACCUUCUCCCUAAGCAUCAAUGAAGUGGAAAGUGUUUUCUGGAUCCCACUAUCAAAGUUUCUCGAUGACACCUAUCAUUCUACAUUCCCCGUUGAGAAGUUCUACAUGGUGCAUAUGUUUCAGUUCGACUCCUACCCUGUCACAUAUGGAAUCACAGCCCUGAUGUGUAUUGUUGUGGCAAUCGGACUGCUCGGAAGACACCCAAAAUUCAAUCUAAUGUCUAACUUGACUGUCUCAGAUAUGAUGGAGAAACAUUUGGACAGUCUUGAGAUUAUUCGACAUAUUUAUGAGUUUUCAAGCAGAAAGUUCGAGAAUUCGAAGAUCUGA